CAGGCCAGAGGAGGAAUCGAAGGAAAAGGGCGGAGGAGAGGGAGCUACCGGGGGGAUUGAGAAAAUGAUAAAGCACCGUGACUUUUAGCGGCAGGACAAUUUAUUAUAGCUCACUUAAAUAUCGCAGGACUUCACAGACACGUGGAAGCUACUUUGUCAGCGGCUAACGGCACACGUCCACAAGCCUCCUCUCAUCUCUGUUUCUCUCCCUCCAGGUGACUGCCUGUUUGCUCUGAUUAUAGCACAAGAGAGCCGCAGCUCCUGUCCUUCAGAAGAGUUUGUCUGUCGGGGGAAGUGGGCGGGAGGGUGACGAGGAGUUGCAGGGGGCCAUGCAUCAGGGGUGAGGGGGAUUCGCACAGACACAGCGUCGGGUGAGGAGGGAGUCUGGGCAGGUCGGUGUGGAGAUGAAGCUCAAACAGCGCAUGGUGGUGCUGUGUGCCGUGCUCCUCCUGCUGGGCCUGGCCAAGAUCUUCCUGUUGGACGGAGGCGAGGGCUCUGCAGCCAGCCGACGGGAUCUCAGAGCGUUUCGCAAGAUGGAGGCUGGCCUUUCUCUGUCCCGGGGAGCUCGCCUUACCCACACCCUGCAGUCUCCAUGGGAGAUAGCAAGCCAGUGGGUGGGCCCGAGAGAGGUGUACCCCGAGGAGACCCCAGAACUGGCCGCUGUGCUCACCUCCCUCAGCACUGCCAGGAUAGAGCGGGCAGAUGUGGGCUAUAAGGGCACGCAACUCAAAGCCCUGCUGGUGCUGGACGGAGGACAGAAAGUGGUCUUCAAACCCAAGAGAUAUAACAGAGACUACGUGGUUGAAGGCGAGCCGUAUGCAGGAUAUGACCGACACAACGCGGAGGUGGCUGCUUUCCACCUGGACAGGAUCCUGGGGUUUAGGAGAGCGCCUCUUGUGGUCGGGAGAUACGUCAACUUGCGGACAGAGAUUAAACCUGUGGCCACGGACCAGCUGCUGAGCACCUUCCUCAUGCAGGGUAAUAAUACGUGUUUCUAUGGAAAGUGUUAUUACUGUCGGGAGAGCGAGCCAGCAUGUGCGGAGGGAGAGAUCAUGGAGGGAUCAUUAACCCUUUGGCUGCCAGACGUCUGGCCACUGCAGAAACACAGACACCCCUGGGGACGCACAUACAGAGAGGGGAAACUGGCCAGGUGGGAGUACGAUGAGAGCUACUGCGAGGCGGUGAAGAAAAUGCCUCCAUACGAUGCAGGACCAAGGCUGCUGGACGUCAUCGACACAGCCAUAUUUGAUUAUCUCAUUGGGAAUGCUGAUCGGCAUCACUAUGAGAGCUUCCAGGAUGAUGGCGGCGCCAGCAUGCUCAUCCUGCUUGACAACGCAAAGAGCUUUGGGAAUGCAGCUCUGGACGAGCGAAGCAUCCUCGCGCCACUCUAUCAGUGCUGCAUGAUUCGUGUUUCCACAUGGAACAGGUUAAACCUGCUGAGAGGUGGAGCUCUGAGUUCUGCUAUGCGGCAGGCCCUGGCAUUCGACCCCAUUCACCCGGUCUUAGCUGAGCCACACCUCGCAGCCCUGGAUAGGCGUCUGUCUGGAGUGGUAGCAACUGUCAAGCAGUGUAUGGAGGCACAGGGCCCCGACAACACUUUGAUAGAGGACAGAAUGAACCUCCCACACCCCUAGAAACAAGGGGCAGGAAAAAACGGAAUAACAGGAACGGCCAGGACUUUGGUUGACAAGCCUGGAGAAGAGGAGCGGGUCUCGGUGUUAAAGAGAUGCAGAGUGAACAAAUGGAUCAACAGGGUGGAACAAAGAUUGUGUAUUUCUCCCUCUCUGGUUCUUUCCUUGUUUGUCACUCUGAUAAGACUGGAGUGGUGGAUUCAAAAUGCUGCCAUCUUCAACCUAUAUAAACUUUUUCUCAGGACUGUUGUACACUAUAGGACGAUAUCUACAGUAAGAACCCCUCCCACUACUACUCCUGGUUGUGACAACACUCCUACCUUGUGCCAAAUUCUCCCACCUGGACCAGCUUUUCCUCGAGACAACCAAGGAGAGGAGAUGGAGCUUUUGGAGGGAUGUAGACACUCAAAGGAGCAGGAGGGAAGGUGAAAAUGAGCCACCGACAUCUUGAUGAAACACUGUACAGCCAUAUUGAAGGCUGUUUGGAACUUCUAGUCCAAGAAACUGAAAACAUUCCUGUUGAAUUAACAGGAAUUAAAUCCAUUUUAGAACGGACUUAUUUUUCCUCGACAUGAAAUCGAACUUUGAUUGGAGGGAAAAGAGAAUUAACUCAGCCCUUCCCCCAUCAUUGUGUACAUAUUUAACUAAGUAGUGACAUAGAAUUAUGAGAUGAAAGAAUAUAAAUUUGUGAAUUAUAAUAUUAAAUAAACUUAAGAGUGUG